AUGAGAGGCCUUGCUUAUUUUAAAAAAGGUGACAUUCAUUUCACAAAAGAGUUGCCAGAACCAGUAAUUACAGCAGACGAUGAAUUGAUAAUUGACGUCGCCUAUUGUGGUGUAUGUGGUACAGACUUACAUGAAUAUACAGAUGGACCAAUUUUCAUGCCAAAGGAUGGGGAAGUCAAUCCAUUGUCAAAUGAACCAUUACCACAGGCAAUGGGUCACGAAAUGUCUGGUUAUGUCGUUAAGGUUGGUCCUAAAGUGACCAACUUUAAACCUGGUGAUAGAGUGGUUGUUGAGGCUAGUGCUGCAUGUGUUGACCUGCAUCGUUGGCCAAAUUCAAAACAUGCUAAUGCUCCACAAUGCGACGCUUGCGAAGAUGGAUGUGAAAAUUGUUGUGAUUACGCUGGUUUCACGGGUCUUGGUGUCUGUGGUGGUGGGUAUGCUGAAAGAAUGAAGGCUAUUGAACAUCACGUGGUCAAAUUACCUGAUUUUUUACCAAUGGAUGUUGGUGCAUUGAUAGAACCAUUAUCUGUUGCAUGGCAUGGGGCUAGAGUAGCUAAGUUCGAAGAGGGCAAGACAGCACUAGUCUUGGGUUCAGGUCCAAUUGGGCUGGCUAUGAUUUUAGUGUUAAAAGCAAAAGGUGCUAAGAAAAUUGUGGUUAGUGAACCUGCAAGUAUUAGAAGAAUGUUGGCUGAUAAGUUGCAUGUAGAGACUUUUGAUCCAUCAAUACACAGUGAUUCAGCUGUUGAAAAACUGCGUUCUAUUCCUGACGCUAGAAACGGAUUUGAUUUUGCCUUUGACUGUUCUGGUGUUGAACCAACUUUCCAUGCCGGUAUUGCAGCUGUUCAUUAUAGGGGUACGUAUUGUAAUAUCGCCAUUUGGGGGAAAGGUUUGGAUUUCAAUCUGAUGGACAUUACUUUACAAGAAAAGAAUGUAACCGGAUCCAUUGGUUACACUGUCGAAGAUUUUAAACAAGUGGUCCACGCAUUUGAAACUAAAAAGAUAGAUCCCAAGGAAUGUAAAUUAUUAAUCACUGGUAAACAUAAGAUUGAAGAUGGUUGGGAAAAAGGUUUCUUGGAAUUGAUAAAUCAUAAAGACAUCCAUAUUAAGAUUUUAUUGACUCCAAACAACCAUGGAGAAUUAGGUCAUUGA